UCAUCGCAGCAACUGUAGUGCGAUGGCACCUCCAAACUUUGCUUUGUGCUUUGCAUGUUUGUUUGUGGUUUAUUUGGCUCACACAACAGCUUUAAAGCAGUCAUCAUUACAUUUUCAAUCAGUCAGUGUUGGGGAAAGCAUCACUUUGUCCUGCUUCUGUCACAAAAAGGAAGCAGUGAUGUUUUACUGGUAUAAACAGUCUGUGGGACUGACACCAAAGCUGGUGUCUCUAUUCAACAGCUAUAAUGACAGCAUCAUCUUUCAUGGUGAAUUUAAUAAUCCACGUUUCUCCCUUGACACUGAAAAUCAUAAAUAUUGGCUGAAGAUUUCAGAUUUCCAAUUUUCAGACUCAGGUACUUACUACUGUCUAAGGAACAAUUUUGUUGAUUUUGAAUUUUGCAAGGGGACAACUGUUACCACAAAAGGUUCAGGUCUGAACAUCCCAGCUGUGGUCCAUCAGUCAGCAUCGCAGACCAUCCAGCCAGGAGGCUCUGUGACUCUGAACUGUACAGUACACACUGGGACCUGUGAUGAAGAACACAGUGUUUACUGGUUCAAAAGUUCUGGAGAAUCUCAUCCAAAACAUAUUUAUACUCUUGGAGGAAGUAAUGAUCAGUGUGAGAGGAAACAAAACACACAAACACACUCAUGUUUCUACAAUUGGACGAUGAGGAGCCUGAAUUUGUCUCAUGCUGGGACCUACUACUGUGCUGUUGCCUCAUGUGGACACAUACUGUUUGGAAAUGGGACCAAGCUGGACCUUAAGUAUGAGGUGGGCUCUCUUGUGUAUUUCUUGAGUGCAACUUUGUCAUUCACCACCAUCCUGGUUGUGCUACUGGCUUUCACUGUGUACAAGAUGAGUAAAAGGAACUGCCAAUAUACAGAGUCUAAUGUGAUAUUUUCAACAACUUCUGCUCCAAAUGAAGCGUCAUGUCAAGAUACAGAGAACCUCCAUUACGCUGCUUUAAGGGAUCACAAGGUCAACCGAUCCAGAGGACAGAGGAGCAACACUAAUAGUGAAUGUGUGUACUCCAGUGUAAAGCAGUAGACCAGGAUGUGUUUCUUUACUUUGGUUCUGUAUGACUGGGGUAGUUAGAAUUUUCCUGAAACACUAACACCUGAUAUGUUUACACCUAUUUCAAUAAAUAUAAAGGCUUUCCUUGCAAUAAAUUUUGCAGUAAAAGAAAGUCUUGUGUCAGAGGGUUUCCUUGAAGUGAUGCUACCUGUGAAACAUUGCCAGAUUUCAAAGAAAUACGCUCACACCUCUGAGAUACUGCCGGAAUUAGCUUCUUUGAAAACUUCCACAAGUGAACCAACCCUGCAUUCAGUGACAUCAGAUGUAUAGCAUGCAUAGUGCCUAUGAAACAUAUUAAAUCCCUUGCAUGUUUUUCCCUUUUAUUGCUUUUAAAAAUAGAACCAUGAUCAAUAUGAUUUGCCUUGUCUUGGCAAAAAUAAAACUUUUCUAAAACAAAAUUUUAAUGUCAGUGUCCAACAUUUCUCUAUUCUGAUGGCCAAAAAGCUUUAGUGUCAUCAGA